GUGACUGUGAAUAUCCUUUUUGUGCUCAAAGAACAAACUCGUGAAACAAGUGAACAAACAAGUGCUUAAAAAUGGCUGCACGCAUGCUGAUGGCUAAACAUAAAAAACACGCCAGAUCAAUGCCUGAUACUGAUGGCGAUGAUAUUGUGAUCUCGGGCAUGUCCGGCAAAUUUCCAAACUCCAAAAAUAUAGCCGAAUAUGAAUAUAAUUUGUAUAACAAGAUUGACAUGGUUGAUGACGACGAGCGUCGCUGGCGUCACUUCAAUCCCGAAAUACCAAAACGUUCUGGCAAAAUCAGUGAGCUGGAAAAAUUCGAUGCCACCUUCUUUGGUGUGCACUUCAAGCAAGCGCAUACAAUGGAUCCUCAGACGCGUAUUUUAAUCGAAACUGCUUACGAGGCCGUUAUAGAUGCAGGAAUUAACCCAAAAACGCUGCGUGGCACAAAGACGGGAGUUUAUGUUGGCUCCUGCAUUUCGGAAUCGGAGAAAACUUGGUUCUAUGAAAAGGUUUCAUCCGGCGGCUUUGGCAUUACUGGCUGCAGUCGCGCUAUGAUGGCGAAUCGUAUUUCCUAUAGCUUGGGCUUAGAAGGUCCUUCGUUUCUGCUGGACACAGCCUGCUCCAGCUCUAUGUAUGCGCUGGAUAAUGCUUUCAGUGCUAUACGCAAUGGAGAGAUUGAUGCCGCCAUCAUAGGCGGCUCCAAUUUGUUGCUGCAUCCGUUUGUCACGCUGCAGUUUGCGCGCUUGGGCGUCUUGGCACCUGACGGCUUUUGUCGUCCUUUCGAUAAGGACGCCAGCGGCUAUACGCGCUCGGAGACCAUCAACUGCAUGUUCCUGCAACGCAAGCGCGAUGCCAAGCGCGUCUAUGCAAGUGUUGUCUACUCCAAGACUAAUUGUGAUGGCUACAAGCCAGAGGGCAUUACCUAUCCGUCGGGCAAGGUGCAGGAGAAGCUGCUGCAGGAAUUCUACAAGGAAAUUGAUUUAACGCCCAAUGACUUGGGCUAUCUGGAGGCGCACAGCACGGGCACCGUUGUUGGCGACCCCGAGGAGUGCAAAGCCAUUGACAAUGUGCUCUGCAGUCAGCGCAGCGAACCGCUGCUGGUGGGCUCAGUCAAAUCAAAUGUAGGACACUCGGAGGCAGCCUCAGGCAUUUGCUCGCUGGUCAAAGCAUGCUUUGCAUUUGAGACUGGUCUAAUAGCGCCCAAUAUUAACUUUACCGAAGUGAAGCCAACAAUUACCGCAUUGGCCGAGGGACGUUUGAUUGUGGUAAAUGAUCCUACGCCGCUGCCCAAGCCUUACAUAGGCAUCAAUUCCUUUGGUUUUGGCGGCGCCAAUGCGCAUGCCAUACUCAAAGCGUAUCCAAAGUCUAAGCACAACUUUGGCUUGCCCGAGGAUGAGCUGCCACGCAUACUCACCUGGGCGGGACGCACUGAGGAGGCUUGCCACGAAAUAUUCAAUGCCAUUGAAAAGAAGCCGCUGGAUGCGGAAUUUAUUGGACUGCUGCAGAAUAUUCAAGAGGAAGAUGUCUCUGGUUUGGUAUUCAGAGGUUAUGGCAUUUUUGCUAAGAACGGCAGCGAACCCACCAAGCCGCUGGCCAAGGAUGUGCAGCAUUAUACAGGACUACAGCGUCCCAUUGUUUGGGUAUACAGCGGCAUGGGCUCGCAGUGGAACGAAAUGGGCGCUUCCUUGAUGAGCAUACCGCGUUUCCGCGAGUCCAUUGAAGUCUGCCACAAGACUUUGCUGCCCAAGGGCAUUGAUCUCAUUGACAUUAUUACCUCCAACGAUCCGGCGAUCUAUCAAAAUAUUCUCAAUUCAUUUGUGGGCAUUGCAGCGGUGCAGAUUGGUCUGACAGAUGUGCUGCGUGAGCUGAACCUAGAGCCGGAUUAUAUUAUUGGGCACUCUGUGGGUGAACUGGGCUGCGCCUAUGCUGAUGGCGGUUUGACUGCAGAGCAAAUGAUCUUGGCUUCGUACUAUCGCGGGCGUGUCAGUGUGGAUGUGGAUAAGAUACGCGGCUCUAUGGCAGCUGUAGGCAUUGGCUACAAGACUAUCAAGACUAUGCUGCCUGAGACUAUUGAAGUUGCUUGCCACAAUGGCCCAGACUCUUGCACCAUUUCUGGUCCCAUUGAGCAUGUGGCAAAGUUUGUUGCAGAGCUCAAGGCAAAGGAUAUCUUUGCUAAGGAAGUGCCUUGCUCCAAUAUUGCUUAUCAUUCGCGCUAUAUAGCAGCUAUGGGUCCGCCACUGCUGGAAUAUAUGCAUCAGACCAUACCCAAUCCCAAGCCUAGAACUGCCAAGUGGCUGAGCAGCAGUGUGCCCAAGAGCGAAUGGGAGCAACCUGAGCGUAAACUCUGCUCAGCUGAAUAUCAUACAAACAAUUUGCUCAGCAGCGUGCUCUUCGAAGAGACCUUUGCGCUCUUGCCCAAGAAUGCGCUCACCAUAGAAAUUGCGCCACAUGGACUGCUUGGCGCUAUACUCAAGCGCUCCAUGCCUGGUGGCGUGCACAUACCUCUCACCCACAGAGGCAACAAAAAUAAUGCUCUGUUCUUUAUGACAGCGCUGGGCAAACUCUACCAAAACGGCUUAAUGGUGCCAGUGGCCAAUCUGUACCCCAAGAUUGACUUCCCUGUGUCCCGCUCUACGCCCAGCAUCAGCUCACUCAUACGCUGGGAUCACAGCGAAGAUUGGUUUGUUACCAAGUACGAAAACAUGAAAACCAAGUCGAGUGGCGAACGCGUCUUCUCUGUUAAUCUAGCCAGCGAUAAUGAAGAGUUCAUGAGUGGUCAUGUCAUCGAUGGCAAAAUCUUAGUGCCUGCCACUUGUUAUUUGCAAUAUGUUUGGGAAACCUUCUCGUUGAUGUAUCAUGGACCCAGCUACAUGGAUGUGCCUGUGGAGUUCGAGGAUGUCAAAUUCCUGCGUGCUACCAAUAUGUCUGUUAAUGGCGAAGUGGAGUUGAAUGUUAUGAUUCAUUACGGUACUGGACACUUUGAAAUCACUGAAGCUGGCAGCUUGGUAGUCACAGGUAUUAUACGUGAAAUUGAAGCGCCCACUGUGCCGGAAGUUUAUCACUUCAAACAAGAGUCUGAAUUCCCCAUGGUGUCCACCAAGGACUUUUACAAGGAGUUAAAGCUGCGUGGCUAUCAUUACAAUGGCGCUUUCCGUGCUGUGCGCAGCGCACGCUCCGAUGGUCUGCAUGGCAAAGUGGAGUGGAACUACAAUUGGGUUACCUUUAUGGAUGCCAUGCUGCAGAUUCAUAUACUAGGCACAGAUUCGCGCUCGCUGCUGCUGCCCACUAAGAUACGCAAGCUGCGCAUUAAUGGCGUGCAUCAUUUCAAUUUAAUGAGCCAAAUGGAUCCCGAGGAUCGUGUCUUUGAUGUUUAUGUGGAUCACAAGUACGAUCGCAUUGUUGCUGGUGGCAUUGAGCUUGUGGGUCUGCAUGCCAGUCCAGUGCAGCGUCGUCGUCCGCCAGGCAUUCCAGUGCUGGAGAAAUACGAAUUUGUGCCUUAUCUGCCAGCUCCAGCAUUGACUGCUGCCAAUGCUGCGCGCAUUUGCGUGCAACUGGCGCUGGACAAUAAUAACAUACUCAAGAUGAAGCUGGUGGAAGUCGACACCGAUGGCAGAGACACAGUGCUGGAGCGCUUCAUUGAAGCUAUUGAAGAUCUGCCCGUCAUUACCGGCGAGUAUAUGUAUCUGACUGAUAGAAAGCUUGAGGAAAUCUCUGGCAUACACAUUGAAAAUGGCAAACUUGCCACCUUGUCCAACUAUCAUUUUGUUGUGGCUGGCGGCGUUUGCGGUGCAAGCAACGAGGAGGUCAUCAAAACAGCGCAGAAGGUGCUUGUGGACAAUGGUUAUCUGCUCAUCCGUGAGCGUCCUACAACCAACAUUAGCAGCUUACAUCUACCCGAACAGUUCCACUUAAUUACAGUCAUACCCAUUGACAAUCAUGAGGAAGUGUUCCUGCUGCUGCAGAAAGUGUCCAAGAAACUGCAAAUGCAGCCCACUGUUGUCAAAGUUUCAGAGCAGGAUACGCAGUUUGAGUGGCUAGCACAGGUGCAAUCAGCCAUAAGCAUCAAGUCUCCAGUUGUAGUCUAUGCCUACAAUGAGGAGCUCAAUGGCCUGCUGGGCUUGGUUAACUGUCUGCGCAAGGAGCCCGAUGGCAACUUGGUUACCUGCUUCUACAUUGAUGACAAGCAUGCGCCUGCUUUUAAUCUCGCUGAUGCAUUCUAUGCCACGCAGUAUUCAUUGGGACUUGCGUUCAAUGUUUAUCGUCAAGGCGCUUGGGGCAGCUUCAGACAUCUACAGCUGCCUACAGUGGAUGAACCAAAGCCCAGACAUGAUCACAUUUAUGGCAAUGUUAUGCAGCGUGGUGAUCUGUCCUCGUUGCGCUGGUUCGAGGGUCCACUGGCACCCGAGGAUUGCAUGAUUAAGAUUGCCUACUCCUCCUUGAACUUCCGCGAUGUUAUGCUGGCCACAGGCCGCCUUGCUGUGGAGCUCUAUGGCUCCAAUCGCAUUGAUCAGAGCUGUGUGCUGGGCUUUGAGUAUUCUGGCAUUAAUACAAAGACAGGUCGUCGCAUUAUGAGCAUGGUCGUCAAGGGCGGCGUUGCUUCAUAUGUGGAAAAGCCUUCCAAGCUGAUUUGGGAUAUACCCGAUCAUUGGUCGCUGAAGGAGGCGGCAACGGUGCCAGUUGUCUACAUAACCGUUUACUACGCUUUCUUUAUGGCCACCGAUAUACGCAAGGGCAAGAGCAUCCUCAUCCACGCGGGCACGGGCGGCAUUGGACUGGCUGCCAUACGUGUGGCAUUGGCUUAUAAUCUGGAGGUGUUCACCACUUGCAGCUCGCCACAGAAGAAACAAUUCUUGCUGGAUACUUUCCCUGAACUCAAAGAAUCGCAUAUUGGCAACUCACGCGACACCUCCUUCGAGCUGAUGGUGCAACGUGAAACCGAUGGCAAGGGCGUGGACUUUGUCUUGAACUCACUCUCGGAGGACAAGCUGCUGGCUUCGGUGCGUUGCCUGGGGCAAUCGGGACACUUUUUGGAAAUUGGCAAAUUCGAUAUGGCCAAUGACAGCAAACUGGGUCUGGGCUGCUUCCUCAAGGAGCUCACUUUCCAUGCCGUGCUGGCCGACAGUCUGCUGGUGGCCUCCGACGAAGACAUUUGGCAUUUGAAAAAGCUGAUUGAUAUGGAUAUUGCCAGUGGCGUUAUACAGCCGCUGCCAGUGACAGUCUUUCCGGCGCAUGAGAUUGAGCAGGCGUUCCGGCAUUUGAUUGGAGGCAAGCAUAUAGGCAAGGUGGUCAUACAGGUGCGUGAGACGCCCGAAGCGCCUGAGACGAUGCCGGUGCGUGUGCUCAGUCAGAUUUAUUUCAAGCCACACAUGACGUAUGUGAUACCCGGUGGUCUGGGCGGCUUCGGCAUGGAGCUGGCUGAUUGGAUGGCACUCAGAGGUGCGCGCAAGCUGGUACUUAGCUCCAGUCGCGGCAUAACCAAGGACUAUCAAUCAUAUCGCAUUGCCUUGUGGAAGACUUAUGGCUGCGAGGUUAUAGUGAACACUGCCGAUAUAACUACACUUGAGGGCUGUCGCGCUCUGCUGCAGGAUGCGGCGAAGUUUGGCCCAGUGGCAGGCAUCUUCAAUUUGGCUGUUGCCUUGCGCGAUGGCAUCUUUGCCAACCAAACGCUGCAGCAGUUUGUCGAAAGCUUCGCACCCAAAGCCAUUGCCACCAGGCACUUGGAUGUGCUCUCGCGCGCUCUGUGCCCCGAGCUGGAGCACUUUGUUGUAUUCUCUAGCGUUUCGUGUGGUCGCGGCAAUGCAGGCCAAACCAACUACGGCAUGGCCAAUUCGGUUAUGGAGCGCAUCAUUGAGCGACGUCAGCGCGACGGUUUGCCCGCCAAGGCCAUACAAUGGGGCGCUGUGGGUGAAGUGGGUCUGGUGGCCGACAUGGCUGAGGAUAAGAUUGAUAUGGAAAUUGGCGGCACACUGCAGCAGCGCAUUUCAUCCUGCCUGCAAGAGCUUGACACGCUGCUGAGCUCAGAUCACGCCAUUGUGGGCAGCAUGGUCGUCGCAGAGAAGCGCUCUGGGCGUUCCGGCAAUGAAAGUAUUAUCGAUACUGUCAUGAACAUUAUGGGCAUACGUGAUCUCAAGUCUGUGUCGUUGGGCACUACGCUCUCCGAAAUGGGCAUGGACUCGCUCAUGGCGGUGGAGAUUAAGCAAACGCUGGAGCGUGACUUUGAACUGGUGCUAACGCCGCAAGAUCUGCGUGCGCUCACAUUCCAGAAGCUCCAGGAGUAUGUUGAAGCCAGAGAGAAAGAAAAUACGGAUGCAGUGAAGAUGAUAUUUGCCUCCGAGGGCAAGCUGCUGGGCAUGGAGCUGCUCAUACGCAAUUUGGGCGACGAAUCGCAUUGCGAUCAAAUCAUGUUCCCACUCAAGACACAUGCAGCUCCCUCUAAGCUCAGCGUGCCACCCAAUAUCAUUAUUCCUGGACUGGAGGGCACAGCGGGUCAAGCGUGGUAUAACAUUGGCGCCACCCUGAACAGCAGAGCGAAUGUGUUGCAGCUGCAUCAGUUUGCCAAACUUGAGACUGUGAGCGACAUUGCUCAACAAGCAUUGGAGCACGUUAGAACUUUGCUCAAACCCUCAGAUCCCUUCUAUCUCAUUGGCUACUCCUACGGUUCCUAUGUGGCGCUGCAGCUGGCGUCGCUGCUGGAGAGCGCCGGCUAUCGCGGCCAUGUGCUGCUGCUAGACGGUGCGCCACACUUCCUGACGCGACUGACAAAUCUGCAUUUGGGUGCGAACUUCAGCGACAACGACUUGUACGACUUGCUGUACUCCAGCAUUGUGAAUCAAAUCUUCCCCGAGGAGAGCAAAGAGAAUGCAGCGCUGCUGUUCCAUAAGCUGGACACGCUGCAAGAGAAAAUCGAUUUGUUUAUGGAGUAUGUGAGCAAGCAGCAGCUAUACAGCAAGGAGUAUUCCCAGACCAUGGUGGAGGCCAUGUUCCGACGCGUCAAAAUGGCAGCGCACUUUGAUUUACAGAGCGUCAAGGACCUCAAGUGCAACAUAACACUAGUGCGGCCAGCUGAGGUGUCGCUGCAGGAUAUUGAAGAGGACUACUGCGUGUCGCAGCUGACCACAGGCAAGGUGACACUCAAGGUUAUCGAGGGUAAUCACACCACGAUGCUGGACAAUCCAGUGCUGCCACAAAUAAUCAACGACUUUGAUCCAGGACUGCUGGACGACAAGAACUUUGAGGAGUACAUCAGAGAUGUGAAAGCAGUUGCUGUAGUUUAAAUUUAUAUACAUUUUAUUAAUAAUCUUAGCUAUAAGUAAACGGAUUGGCCAACAAAGUUUAUAAUGCAAAUUUUAAA